AUGUUGAAGCCUUUCCAGAUCAGAAACCUCAGGGUGUCUGAGCAGGAGCUUGCAGACUCUCGUUCUCCUUCUGGUGUCGUCCAGAUUUCAUCUACCGAUUAUGAUGAUUUGGCGACUACUCAUCCACGCGCCAGGUUGACCUACAUCGAUGAAGAUGAAGAUGAUGAUGAAACAAUUACAGUUGGAUCUGCUCUCGAGCUCUCUCAGCGCCUUGAAGAGCCUCCAGAGAUCAACACGCGGCUCGAAUCCAUCCAAGUAUCCCACAACGCCACUCCGAUACACAUUUUUGACAUCCGUCGCUCGAACUCUGUAACUGAGCUCUGGAAGCGAUAUGAGUGCGACACAAGAGAACAAGAGUCUCCUGAGAAAGAAAAGAGCGAUGCGCCGGUUGGGCCCCAGGCCUUUGUCCAAGACGAAGUCCCUGCCGCUACCAGUCCAAAGUUGCCACAGGCCUCCGAAGGGGAAUCCCGGUCUCUGAUGGAAGCCUUCGAGGCUGAGCUAGCAGGCAUUCUCAAUGCUGCUGAGCCCUCGGGUACCAGAGGAGGACCCCAACCGGACUCACAACCUGCUGAGCCAUCAGCCAGCACAUCCUCGGAACGGCCUACUCAUCCCGUUGAGGUUCUGGCGGCCCAGGUGCUUGAUCAACUGAUUAGUGGAGCGACCAUGGUUCAGUCUGAAUGGAGGGCAAGACUGCCAGAAGUGCAGCGUCAACUACAUAAUGCUCAAAGACAAUUUGAGACUGCACAGAGAUCCCUUCCCGCUAAUGUUGAAGCAUCAUUACGCACACUCCUGAAUACCCUCGAGGCUCAAGUGAGAGCCGCUUUUAGUAGUAUCCCUGAUGGUGGAAGACAAUUCGCAGAAGAGGCAUUCCACAGGGGAAGACCUGUUGCGGAGAAUGCCGCUGACGGGUUGCGCAUGAUGGCCUCGGAACUGAACGAGGCAGGAAGAACAUUAUUUGCCGCGUUUGAAAACGAGUUUGGGCGAGCUGGACCCGCUCCCUCUUCUACAUCUGGCACGCCAAACUCUAGUGUUCCUGGAAUAUCUGAUGUUAAUGCCAGUGCUGCAGAAAAUGGGCCUGUCUCAUCGAGGCCUGUCUAUCCUCAGGUCCCAGAAAUGCAUUCCAGGGCCUCACCAAUGACCGAGAAACCACCCAGUCCGGUUCCGGGUAAUUGGAACCCUUCGGAUGUCAAAGGGAGUCACAAGGUUCCUGCAUUGAAUUCCGCGGUUUCUUCUCAAGGCUCAUAUGGACAAAAUCCGCAACCUACACCUUACCCUGUGGAGAACCCGUACCCCACCAUCCAACAUAGUCCAUAUCAUCAGUCACUCCAUCAACAUCCUCCACAUUAUCUUCCACCUUCACCCGACGUGUCUCACCGUCCCUAUUAUCAGGCACCACUGGCAGCACAGCCCCCAAAUUUCCCUUCCUGGCCGCAAUGGCCGCCUGCAUUCCCACCGGCCGGGUUCAACGGGCCUUCUCAUCCAAGACAAGCACCAGCCAACCUUGUGAACUCGGAUGGGUCGGAAACUAAAUCCUUGUUCAUCGGAAAUGUCGGAUUCAAGGUCACUCAGAAGAUGAUCCAGAAUGUGUUUGCUUCCAAGGGCUUUAUUGUCGAAGUUGAUCUCCCAAUGGAUAGUGCAUCGGGGAAACAUGCAGGCUUUGGCUAUGUCCAUUUCCCCGGGUCUCAUGCAGCAUUCGCUGCAAUGGAAGUAUUGCAAGGUGCUCUCAUCGACGGUCACUCCAUCAACCUGGAGCCCAUGCACCACCCAAAUACUGAAAUGGUGCGUGCUGCCCAAAAUGGAUCAUGCGGCAGAACAAGCGUUCGCACUUCUCGGCCCAGGCACGAGAAUAGGGCAAACCGUCGCAGAAAGUCCGUCACCUUUGUGGAACAUUCAGGUCAUGUUGAUGCUGGCUCUGCUCGGCCUGACUCCCCCGCGUUGCUUGACUCUCCAAGCGAUGACCCUGGGUUCAGCGCACGAUUUCCAUCGCUCCAGCCGGUGAAGAAUGAACAGUCUAACACUCCCUCAAAUGGCCAAGGAACAUCCCCGCCUGUGAACCCCAAUAAGGAGAUAGAGAUGACUCGGUUCCCACCCGUGUCUCAAUUGGAUGCUCUUCUUCUUACGGGCCAGCAAGAGGCCCCAAAAGCGCCAUCCACCGCUGGUCGGCCAAGUGAAUCAGAAGACCUCCACGUGGGACUUCCUACACGUAGUUUAUCAUCGCAAUCUACUCCAAAAGAUCUUACUCCAAAAGAUCUUACUCAAGAGACUCAAUCUACCGCCAACGGGGAUGCAACCGGCAACAUGUUGCAGGUGAUUGAUACCGGACGGCCCUUGGAUCACAACAGUCCAAACGGGAAUUCCAACACUAUGGUGGUGAUGCGCCCAGCAACAGAUUCCCAUGAAACCUCGAUUUCCCCACUGAAGCGCCGGGCAACCGAACGCCAAGAACGCCGGUCAAGUGCUCGUUCCGUGGAGAGGGAUACAUGGGCGCGGCUUUCUAGAAGAGAACGAACAAGAUCAUUCUCUCGCCAACAGGUCCCUGGUGGAUUCCCGGUAGAGGAAACAGCGCUGCCUACAACUGACUCGAAUGCCGAACAGUCUUCGGAGGCAGUUGACCAGUGCGUCUCCGCUCUUGUCGGUAUGGGCUACGGAACUGAACAGGAGGGUGGACGAUCCAGGAUGACCGUGUAUGCGGCUGCCGCCAACGGUAGCCUCCUGGAUGCGAUUGAUAUGAUUGAGGAGGAAAGAAGGGCUUAUGAACGACGCGCUUCGCAGUGA